CUUAUUGUUAUGACGCGGAAAGCUGGGGGAGCCUGAGGCCGGUGAGGUGGGGUCGGCUGCUGGCUGGCUGCGGACCAGCUGCCGCACUCUCUCCGCGCUCUCGGGAAGGGCCGUGCCGCGUGCCAGCUAGCGCCGCCCCGCGGGAAGUCGGAGCGGCCCCUCCUGUCCCAGUUCGAAUGUGGGUCGUAGGUGACCUCCAGGCGGGGAAGGAGCCCGGAGCCCGGCGCUGAGCGCGGCCGGAGUUUGCUCGGAGCCGGGGCGCCGGCUCCUGCCAGCCCGACCGCCGGCUGCGCGACUCGGCGGCUGGUGACCGCGCAGUGGCCGACUUGGACAGCGGCACCGUGAAGCAGCUCCCCAAGCUGAGGUGGAACAGUUCUGGCUUGUAGUCUAAAUGCCAAGUCUAUGAUCAGGAACUGUCCUCUAGGCUCCAUGACUCCCUGAAGGUUAAGAACAAUGCUAUGUUGGGGGUAUUGGUCUCUGGGCCAACCAGGCAUCAGCACCAACCUGCAAGGAAUUGUUGCUGAGCCCCAGGUGUGCAGCUUCAUAUCUGACAGAACCGUUAAGGAAGUGGCGUGUGGAGGAAACCACUCCAUGUUCCUGCUGGAAGAUGGGGAGGUGUACACGUGCGGUUUAAACACCAAGGGGCAGCUGGGACACCAGGGGGAAGGCAAUAAGCCAGAACAAAUUGGAGCUUUAGCAGAUCAGCACAUCAUUCAUGUGGCAUGUGGCGAGUCCCACAGUCUGGCCCUUAGUGAUCAGGGCCAGCUGUUUUCUUGGGGUGCAGGGAGUGAUGGUCAACUAGGACUCAUGACUACUGAGGAUUCUGUAGCAGUGCCCAGGUUAAUACAAAAGCUGAACCAGCAGACCAUAUUACAAGUUUCUUGUGGCAACUGGCAUUGCUUGGCUCUUGCAGCUGAUGGCCAGUUCUUCACAUGGGGGAAGAACAGUCAUGGGCAGCUGGGUCUGGGGAAGGAGUUUCCCUCUCAGGCCAGCCCACAGAGGGUGAGGUCCCUGGAGGGGAUCCCGCUGGCUCAGGUGACUGCAGGAGGAGCUCACAGCUUUGCCCUGUCUCUCUCAGGAGCUGUUUUUGGAUGGGGAAUGAAUAAUGCAGGGCAGCUAGGGCUCAGUGAUGAAAAAGAUCGAGAGUCUCCGUGCCAUGUGAAGCUUUUGCGCACACAGAAAGUCGUCUAUAUUAGCUGUGGAGAGGAGCACACAGCAGUUCUCACAAAGAGUGGAGGUGUGUUUACCUUUGGUGCUGGUUCCUGUGGGCAGCUCGGACAUGAUUCCAUGAAUGAUGAAGUUAAUCCAAGAAGAGUUCUGGAGCUAAUGGGCAGCGAAGUAACCCAGAUUGCUUGUGGCAGACAACACACCUUAGCCUUCGUGCCUUCUUCUGGACUCAUCUAUGCAUUUGGUUGUGGCACUAGAGGUCAGCUGGGAACUGGACACACAUGUAAUGUUAAGUGCCCAUCUCCUGUGAAGGGUUACUGGGCUGCCCACAGUGGUCAGCUUUCAGCUCGAGCUGAUCACUUUAAAUAUCAUGUUGUUAAGCAGAUCUUCUCUGGAGGAGACCAAACUUUUGUACUUUGCUCCAAAUAUGAGAAUUCCUCUCCUGCUGUUGACUUCAGGACUGUGAACCAAGCACAUUAUACCAGCUUAAUAAAUGAUGAGACCAUAGCAGUUUGGAGACAAAAGCUCUCAGAACACAGCAAUGCAAAUACAGUCAAUGGUGUUGUUCAGAUACUGUCUUCUGCAGCCUGUUGGAAUGGAAGUUUUCUGGAAAAAAAAAUUGAUGAACAUUUUAAAACAAGUCCCAAAAUCCCAGGAAUUGACCUGAACUCAACUAGGGUUUUAUUUGAGAAGUUAAUGAACUCUCAGCACUCCAUGAUUCUAGAGCAGAUUUUAAACAGCUUUGAAAGUUGCCUCAUUCCCCAGUUGUCAAGUUCACCACCAGAUGUUGAAGCAAUGAGAAUCUAUUUAAUACUACCUGAGUUUCCCUUGCUCCAGGAUUCUAAGUAUUACAUAACGUUGACUAUUCCUUUGGCAAUGGCCAUUCUGCGGCUGGAUACAAACCCUAGCAAAGUAUUAGAUAACUGGUGGUCUCAGAUAUGCCCAAAAUAUUUCAUGAAGCUGGUAAACCUCUAUAAAAGUGCAGUCCUUUAUCUACUAAGGGGACGGAAGACAUUCUUAAUCCCUGUACUAUUUAACAAUUACAUUACGGCAGCUCUCAAGCUCCUGGAGAAGUUAUAUAAGGUAAAUCUUAAAGUGAAGCAUGUGGAAUAUGAUUCAUUUUAUAUUCCUGAGAUUUCUAAUCUUGUGGAUAUUCAGGAAGACUACCUCAUGUGGUUUUUGCAUCAAGCAGGGAUGAAGGCCAGACCAUCUAUCAUGCAGGAUGCUGUAACACUUUGUUCCUACCCCUUCAUCUUUGAUGCCCAAGCCAAGACCAAGAUGUUACAGACUGAUGCUGAGUUACAGAUGCAGGUUGCAGUUAAUGGCGCCAACCUGCAAAAUGUCUUCAUGCUUCUCACCCUGGAGCCCCUGCUAGCCAGAAGCCCCUUCCUGGUCCUUCAUGUCCGCAGGAAUAACCUUGUUGGCGAUGCCCUGAGAGAGUUGAGCAUUCACUCGGACACCGACUUGAAAAAGCCUCUUAAAGUGAUCUUCGAUGGGGAAGAAGCAGUGGAUGCUGGCGGUGUUACAAAAGAGUUCUUUCUUUUGCUGUUAAAAGAGCUUUUGAAUCCCAUUUAUGGGAUGUUUACCUACUAUCAAGAUUCGAAUCUGUUAUGGUUUUCAGAUACAUGUUUUGUAGAGCACAACUGGUUUCACUUGAUUGGCAUAACCUGUGGACUGGCUAUCUACAACUCUACUGUUGUUGAUCUCCACUUCCCAUUGGCUCUCUACAAGAAGUUACUGAAUGUAAAGCCUGACUUGGAAGAUUUAAAGGAACUGUCACCGACUGAAGGAAGGAGUCUUCAAGAGCUUCUAGAUUACCCUGGCGAAGAUGUGGAGGAAACUUUCUGCCUCAACUUCACAAUCUGCCGAGAAAGCUAUGGGGUAAUUGAAGAAAAGAAGCUGGUACCUGGUGGAGACAGAGUGACCGUGUGCAAAGACAACAGGCAAGAAUUUGUGGAUGCUUAUGUGAAUUAUGUCUUCCAAAUCUCAGUUCAUGAAUGGUACACAGCCUUCUCCAGUGGCUUCCUAAAGGUGUGUGGUGGCAAAGUACUGGAGCUCUUCCAGCCAUCAGAACUGAGGGCCAUGAUGGUGGGGAACAGCAACUACAACUGGGAAGAACUGGAAGAGACUGCUAUCUAUAAGGGUGAUUAUUCAGCCUCGCAUCCCACUGUGAAAAUAUUUUGGGAAACAUUUCAUGAGUUUCCAUUGGAGAAGAAGAAGAAGUUUCUCUUGUUCCUGACAGGCAGUGACCGGAUUCCCAUCUAUGGCAUGGCCAGCCUACAGAUUGUCAUCCAGUCCACAGCCACUGGGGAGGAGUACUUGCCAGUGGCCCACACCUGCUACAACCUUCUUGACCUCCCCAAGUAUAGCAGCAAAGAGAUUCUGAGGGCUCGGCUGACCCAGGCCCUCGACAACUAUGAGGGUUUCAGUUUGGCCUGAGGCUCUCCAGCUUGUCCUAAAUGUCCUUUCCUUCCUUGGUGGCCACACUGAUGCCUAUAUAAAAUAUCAUGGGGAAUGGUUUCUAAUCUUUUACUGUCUAUGUGGGUUGAGACUUUGGAAUCCUAAACCUGGUCAUUGUGUUUCUUGAAUUAAAUAGUAAACAGCCUUUUGUAGGAGUUGGGAUGGAAUGAAAACUGGCUUUGCUGUGGGAGGUGGGUUUUUUUGUUUGUUUGUUUGUUUGUUUUUGGUUAAUUUUAACCAAGCCCCUCACCCCCUAUCCUUGUAUCUGUGAAUGUGUUGCAUUUUGCUGAACUGAAUGGCAAUGGGUUUUAAACUCUCAUUUCCUCGCCAUCUCUCCGUCCUCAUGUUUCUUCACCAUGCUUCCUGGAUCUUCUGGCCUUUCCAUUCUCUGCAGCAGUAGUUUAAUGGACAUGUCCCUCCAUACCUGCCAUGCAAAGCAUCUCCUUUCUCUGCAGCUUUGGAAGUGCCUGGCUUGUUGCAGCCCACUAUAACACACAGAAGGAAAGGUUUCCUCAGAACUCCCGAUUCCAAAAAGCUGAGUCUGGGUCCAUUCUUUUGACAUAGCUCUUGAGAAUUUCUGGGAGCUGCUUUUUCUCUUCAUUAUCAAUGCUGCCAUUUCCAAACAGGCAUUUCUGGAUUUGCCUCCUUUCCUGCUUAAAAGAGGUAGUCAUGAAGGAAUAACAACCUUCCAUGACGUGCACACUCUCCUGGGCCUCCUGAAAGACACAGAGCAACUUCAAGUUGCAGAUCCAGCCUAAUUUUGUCUUAUUGUUCAGCUGUGUCCCUUUGACAAUACAGUGAGUUGAUAGACCUUUAUCUUGCUUCUGGAGCAAGUUACAUUAAUGUUUAGUCUUUAUAUUGCCCAAGAAAAGUAGAAUGACUGAAUUUCUUGUCUUUAUUAUUUUUUGCUGUCUAGCACUCCUCUCUCCUUUUUUCUUUCCUGCUUCCUGGCCCUCUUCCUUUCCCUUCCUGCUUCCUACUCUCUUCCUCUCUUUCUUUCCUCUCCUCUCCUCCCUUCUGUGCUGUUUGAUUUCGGUUUUUCCUCCUUCUGCUUGUGGAUGCAUGCUGUCUUUUAAAAUAUAUGUAUUUAAAUAUAAAAAUGUCCACUUAAGAUUUUUUUCCUCCUCCCUCAUUGUUAAGAUUUAAAGAUAUUCUUUAUGGUAGAAUUUUUGUUUGUUACAUUUGAAAUGCUCAUUUACACUGGGUUUUUCAGGGAUGGAUUGUAUUUAAAUCAAAUAUAUGUAUCUAAAAAUGAUAUAUUCAAUUGCUCAUCAUGGAAUAAGAAAAUUAUUCAUGAUCAAAGAACCCAUGUAACCCAAUUUUAAAUUCCUAGUAACUAUAGAAAACUUAUUUAUAUAAAAUGAAGUAUUUAUGGAUUGUGAUACAUUACCAAGUCUUGAUGAAGGAAUGUAGAUUUUGGCUUUUUCUUUGUGUUUUUUAAAGUUACUCCAAUUGCUAAAUUGGUAGUUUUUCAGUCUUUAUAAAUACAACAUUUGAAAAGAUACACAAUUAUAUGAAAUGUUUAUUUUCUAUGUGUGUGCAUAUAGUCCAAUAUCAUCCAAUAAACUUGGUGUUUGGG